ACCACACCCCCCACACGCACACACGGACACCACACAUCUCUUUCCUUGUUCCAAAUUUGUAUUUAUUCACCAACAGAGUUUAUGCAUAAUUAGUUUAUUUUCCUGAGAAUCUGUUGCUUUUUGAUUUGUCCGGAAACCAGACCCAACAACAACGAUGAAGAUAUCCGUGACACAACAACCUCCAUACCAUAACCUCAUCUUCCUAAUUUCAACUGUAAUCAUCAUCCAACACUUGACCGCGGGAGUGAUCUCCAUCGGCGUCAACUACGGAACCGUAGCCAACAACCUCCCAGCAGCACCACAAGUGGCUGAGUUCCUCAAAAACAAAACCAUCAUAGACCGCGUUAAGAUCUUCGACCUCAACCCCGACAUCAUCCGAGCAUUUUCCGGCACCGGAAUCCUCCUCUCCAUCACCAUCCCCAACGGCGACAUCCCCUCCCUAGCCAACCCCCGCACAGCCCGCCGAUGGGUCACCACCAAUAUCAAGCCCUUCUACCCUCUCACCAAAAUCCACUACAUCUUAGUCGGCAGCGAAGUCCUCCACUGGGGCGACCAAAACAUGGUCUCUAACCUCGUCCCUGCCAUGAGAGCCAUCAACAGUGCUCUCGUCAAGGAAGGCCUCUCUCCUGCGAUUAAGGUCACCACCGCUCACUCUCUCGGCAUACUCCUAAGCUCCGAUCCACCCAGCUUGGCCCGCUUCCGACCCGGAUGGGACCGAGACGUCUUAGCCCCCAUGCUUCUCUUCCACAGGCAGAGUAAAUCUCCGUUUAUGGUAAACCCGUACCCGUACUUCUCGUGGAACCCGAAUAACACCCAGUUCGCCCUAUUCGAGGCGAACCCGGGAGUUCGAGAUCGGGUGACGGGUAAGAACUAUACGAACGUGUAUGAUCUGUUGCUGGACGCGGUGUACUCGUCGAUGAAAAGGUUGGGGUUUGGGGAUGUGGAGAUUGCGGUGGGAGAGGUGGGGUGGCCUUCGCAGGGAGACCCUGGGAUGUAUCAGUGUACAGUUGAGAAUGCCAGGUGGCACAAUUUGAAUGUUUUGAGGAAGGCUAGCUCCGGUGUGGGUACGCCUUUGAUGCCCGGACGCCUGUUCGAGACCUAUAUAUUUGCUCUCUUCAAUGAGAAUCUCAAGUCCGGUGCAGCUGAUGAGAGGAAUUUCGGCUUGUUCCGCCCCGAUUUCUCACCCGUAUAUGAUAUCGGCAUUAUGCGACCAGGACAGGCUGGUGGUGGUGGUGCAAGCCCUUCACCAGUAUCCACAGGGGGCAAGCAGUGGUGUGUGCCAAGAGCAGAGGCUAGCGACGCAGCAUUGCAGGAAAACAUCAACUGGGCAUGCAGCAACGGAGUGGAUUGCCAGCCCAUUGAGGCCGGCGGGGCAUGCUUUGACCCUACCACAGUCAGGUCCCAUGCAGCUUAUGUCAUGAACGCUUACUAUCAGUCCAAGGGUCACCAGAAUUUCAACUGCGACUUCUCUGGCACCGGUGUUUUAGCCACAUCUGACCCAAGUUAUGGUGAGUCAUUUAUUUAAAUUUGAUUUGUUCCUUUUGAAGAAUUUGUAUUUUGUAACUGUGAGGAGGGUGUAAUGAUGUACUUCGUUCUCUGUCCUUGCCACGAUGGUGCAAUUCAAGCUUAACCUUAACCAUUUAUGAUUAUUAUUAAUAUUAUUAUUAUUGUUAUAAUGUUU